UUAACGUUAUAAUUUUACAUGUCAGCACAGCUCGUGUACAAGUAAAGCUUAUUUUUGGUUUGAUGAAGCUGAAGUAAACCUGACUGCCUGGAGUCUGAUCUAAUAAGCAACCGCUUUUCUGUCAACGCCUUUGUUCAGGGUUUGACAGUUUACCUCAGGAACAGAAGUCACAGCUAGCCGCGAUGCUAACUGUAUUAAAUAAAGCUGCUACCGGUAUACUGGUGCUUGGUCCAUAUCAUGGCUAGGUGCUAGCUUAUUGCUACAUAUCGUUUAUUAGAUAUGCAACAAAAUAUACAACCGUAUUAAACGUAUGGGCGACAACAUUAAUCUUUAAAUGUGCACAUUAAAAGAUUUAAACCAACAAAAAAAAAUCUGUUUGGGUUUAAAGACCCAAGACAAUUUCAAAUGCAAUAAAGUUUUAAGGUGGACUGAUUAUCUAAUGUAAGAUAUACCGAACUUAACAUACAUAGCAUUGAUUUCCUCACUAAUAUUUAAUUAGGUAUUUUAUAUAUUUGGCGCAGGUGUAGUCAGACCAUACAUGUUUGUAAAUCGACGACGUCAGUAUAACUCUAAAUGAUCUAUGUGCACUAAUGUUUCGCCGUGCUACCUUAAAUUAUAACGUCAUCGCGCAGCACUCGUGCGGCUGCAUUUACGUCAACAACAUACAAAAGCGCAAACUAGACUAGAGGUCUGUACGCAUGUUUCACGCGCACUGCACGGCUCAGUUGAUUGGGUUGAGUCUGAUACGUUUCUAGAAUUAUUAGAGGAGCGGCUCUAGGAGGCAGGUGUCUGUCGUUACAGUCUUUCCAGGAUUGUUUUAUUCCACAGUGCAUGUCGAGCAAACAGUUUCAGACAAGAAGGCUUUUGCCUGCUGGGACUGAGGCUCAGGCAACAGCAGGCCUCAGAUCGCAGCAUGAUGGAGGGAGGCAUGCAACUGGUAAAUCGCGACGGCCACAGCAUCUCGCAUAAUUCCAAACGCCACUACCACGACUCCUUUGUGUCCAUGAACAGGAUGCGGCAACGCGGACUGCUCUGCGACAUCGUGCUACAUGUGGCCAACAAGGAGAUCAAGGCUCACAAAGUGGUGCUGGCGUCCUGCAGCCCCUACUUCCAUGCCAUGUUUACUAAUGAGAUGUCGGAGAGCCGUCAGACGCACGUUACACUGCAUGACAUUGAUCCACAGGCACUGGAGCAGUUGGUUCAGUAUGCCUACACUGCUGAGAUAGUAGUGGGAGAAGGAAAUGUGCAGACGCUGCUCCCGGCGGCCAGCCUCCUGCAGCUGAACGGAGUAAGAGAUGCCUGCUGCAAGUUCCUUCUCGGUCAGCUGGACCCCUCUAACUGCCUGGGAAUCCGUGGCUUUGCUGACACACACUCCUGCAGUGACCUGCUCAAGUCUGCUCACAAAUAUGUCCUGCAGCAUUUUGUGGAGGUGUCCAAGACCGAGGAGUUCAUGUUGCUGCCUCUCAAACAGGUGCUGGACCUUAUCUCUAGUGACAAUUUAAAUGUUCCAUCAGAAGAGGAAGUGUACAGGGCCGUAUUGAGCUGGGUUAAGCACGAUAUUGAUGGGCGAAGACAACAUGUACCCAGGCUGAUGAAGUGUGUGCGUCUGCCGUUGUUGACGCGGGAUUUCCUAAUGAGUAACGUGGACACUGAGCUGCUGGUGCGCCACCACUCGGAGUGUAAAGAUCUUUUGAUAGAAGCACUUAAGUAUCAUCUGAUGCCCGAGCAGAGGGGUGUGCUGAGUAAUUGUCGCACUCGGCCCCGUCGCUGUGAGGGUGCCAGCCCUGUGCUGUUUGCUGUGGGUGGUGGAAGUCUCUUUGCCAUACAUGGAGACUGUGAGGCCUACGACACCAGGACAGACCGCUGGCACAUGGUGGCGUCUAUGUCUACACGACGGGCCCGAGUUGGAGUUGCUGCUAUUGGGAAUAAGCUGUAUGCUGUAGGCGGGUAUGACGGCACAUCUGACUUGGCCACUGUUGAGUCAUAUGAUCCUGUCACGAAUGGCUGGCAACCAGAGGUAUCUAUGGGAACCAGGAGGAGCUGUCUGGGUGUGGCAGUGCUUCAUGGUUUACUCUAUGCAGCUGGAGGCUAUGAUGGUGCAUCCUGUCUUAACAGUGCAGAGAGGUAUGACCCACUAACUGGCACCUGGACCUCCACUGCUGCCAUGAGUACCAGGAGAAGAUAUGUGAGAGUGGCUACACUAGAUGGCAGUCUGUAUGCAGUUGGUGGAUAUGAUAGCUCCUCACACCUAGCCACAGUAGAGAAAUAUGAUCCACAGAGUAAUGCAUGGACUGCCAUAGCCAACAUGCUAAGCCGGAGGAGCAGUGCUGGCGUUGCUGUAUUGGAGGGAAUGCUUUAUGUUGCUGGAGGCAAUGAUGGAACAAGCUGCCUGAACUCAGUAGAGCGGUAUAACCCUAAAACCAACACAUGGGAAGGAGUGGCUCCGAUGAACAUCCGGAGGAGUACUCAUGACCUGGUGGCCAUGGACGGCUGGCUCUAUGCUGUUGGAGGAAAUGAUGGCAGCUCCAGCCUCAACUCCAUCGAGAAGUACAAUCCACGCAGCAACAAGUGGGUGGCCGCGUCGUGCAUGUUCACACGCCGUAGCAGUGUAGGAGUGGCCGUCCUGGAGCUGCUCAACUUCCCUCCACCAUCCUCACCCACGUUAUCCGUCUCCUCCACCAGUCUUUGACAAAGGGUGAAGACCCGACUGAGCUCUAGCGGCCUGCCCUGUGUGGCCAAGAGGCGCAACUGCUCAGUGUGAGCUCUGGUGGGGGGAGAAGCGAUGUAUGGACCAUAGCACAGGUGAAGAGAGGUAAAACAGUUUGAGUUAAAUAUGAAAAGCAAAGCCCACAAACUUCUGCCUUCCUCACCCUGCACCUUCUACCCCGAUGCUUGAAAGUGCAGAGACUCUCUGCCAUUUUUAAGCCACUUGUAUAUGAUGUAUACUGUAAUGUAUUUGUUUUUUUAAACAAUGAUACUGCAAUAAUAUAUAAAAAUGAAAGAUUUCACCUAGGAAUGUAGUUCUUGGGUUCUGCCUUGCAUGUUUACUGAAAUUUUGUCUUGGCAGAAUAAAACAUUGUAGUGCUGCUGUGCCACACUAGGUGGCAGUGAUGUGCAACGCUGCCACAUUUCACCAUUGUGCAUGGACACACCCAAACAGAGAGACUUCAUACAGUGCUGGAUGAUAUAAACAUACUCUAAAUGUUGACCAGAGAAUUCUAAUACAUGUUGAAUAUAUUUUCUUAUUUAUUUUAUUAAAUGUAAAAAAAACAAAACACAUGACACUAAUUCAGAGAUGUUUUAUGCAGAAGGACCACUUGGGGGGGGGGGGGGAUAUGAUGUCUGAUUUAAAUAUCAGAGAAGUGAGAAUGUUGAAGGUUUUUUGUGUAGUAAAAAAUAUUGAGUUCAUAGUCAUGUAGCCAUGUAUCUGAAGCCUUGAUAAAUUACUGUGUAUGACUCUGCAAUCAUACCAUGAAUAAAGAGGGACGAUGUAGAGACAGGAUUCUCUAUUAAAGGGUAUAGCCAUACUGAAAGUAGAUGUGACCUACAGCAACCUCACAUUACCUCACAUUCAUUUUCAUGUAGUGUUCACAGGUUUGUCUUGAGAAAGACAAACCCAACGCUUUUGAUUAAUUCUAGUCGGUUACAGAUACUUAAUCCUAUUUCCUUCACUUGUAUAGGAUUCGGUCUUGUGUAAAUAUUGCAUUUCAGUACAUUCGGUUCUUUUACACCAUCGGGUUUAAUCUGGUUGGGGAAAGAGAGAAAGAGAGAGAGGGAGAGUGUGUGUGUGUGUGUGCUGCUAAGAUGUCAUGGGUAUUAGCAACUACCAAUGCAUCCUACAUUAGAGGAGAACACCGACGGAGAAUUGUGAUAGUGAGGAUGCAGGAUUAUAAAACCCUCACUCAUUGUCACAUACACUUUGAUUAAUAAAUGUAGCAUAACUUCUAAGAAGUUACAACUUUUUUUAUUUUCCUUUUUGAAGGAUGUGCUAAGAUAGAAGAUAGACCCUUGCUAAGUUAGAAGAUGCAGGGAUUAUGAGAGAUAAUUCAGUCUAUAUAGGCUCUCUGUCCAUUUCUGUGGCAGAGACGGUGCCAUGCUGGUUUGAGCAUUUUUUCCAGGAUAACUAACCCUGAGGAAAAGAAAAGACUACAUAAACGGAAAUUCAUAUUCAACCGUGCAAUGUGUAUGUAAACAUGACUUUUUUCAGUUCAUUUUGUUUUAAAUGUGUUGUGUUGUUUAUUUAUAAUGUUUUGUUUUAUUUAUUAAGGAAACUUAAUUAUUACUUAUUUUUUGCACUAUUCUCAGAUGGAGCAAUAUACUACUGUUCACAAAAAAUAAAGCUGUUUUCAAAUGUAA